AAACUCCCAAGCGAUAGGUGGCGAACUCACCAGAAAGUAUGCGACACUAAUCCGGAUAUCCGCCACUGGCAUUUCUCGACCUUUGGAAGCUAUAGUAAACGAGCCGGGUGUUGGGAGUCUGGUGACGCGUGCAAGUGAGCUCACAGCCAGAGUGAAUCCAGCAUGUGGAACGGUCCAAGAUCAGGCCCUCGGGGAGGCCCAGCUUUCGGUGGAAAUCCCAGGGGUGAUAUGUUUGAAGCCAGAGAUGGACCCAUGCCUGAUUUUAGGGGCAGAGAUGGAAUGAAUGUAGGCCCCAGGCCUCAGGAGCGCCCUCCAAUGGACAUGAGGCGUUUUGAUGGUCCUCCUGAUAUGAGGGGUCAUGAUAUGGAUCCCAACAAUAUGGAUCUACGUGGAAGAGACGGGCCAAGGGACUUUUUCAGACAAGGAGAAGAACCUGACCUGAACCUUAGGAGGAGAUAUGAGAUGGAAAUUAGGGGAAAAUUGCAAAAUGUUGGUGGUUUCCCCGGUCAAGGCCGGCACCAAAUGGAAGCGGGUGGACGAGACAUGCCAGGAGGAAACAUGAGAGAUGGGAGAUUUAUGGAUGCGAGGGAAAGGGAAAGGAUGGCCAUGGACGUGCCUGGAUUCAACCCCAUGGACCAGAGGCGCAGACACCCAGGGGAACCAAUGGGUAGAAAUGAUAGUUUCAGAGACAUGCAAAACAGAGAUAGACCUCAGAUGGGCGUGGAUGAUAUUGAUGGUCUCAGAAUGGAUAUGCCUCAGCCCGAUAGAGGGAUGGUGGACUUUGAACGAAGAGGUGGAAUGCAUCAAAUGAACAACAGGGGGAGGUUUGAGUCAGACAUGGAUAUGAGAAACCGCAUGGGACCCUCCGGUGAGUUUAGAGAUAGGGACAGGGACCGAUCUCCUGGCAGGUUUGGAGAUAAGGACAGAAUGCCAAUGGAAGGAAGAGGAAGGCCUGAUAUGCCGUCUGAUCCAAACAGACCAUCGUUCCGACCUGGAGAAACCCUGAGAGACAGAGAAUUCCCUGAACAGUUAGACGGCUCAGUUGCCUUCAGGGGCAGGGAGAAUGAGUCUCUACCAGAUGACUGGCGAAACAGCAAUGCGAAGGACAGGGAUUCUUUCCCAGGCAUGAUGAACCGCAGGCCUCCAUUUCCAAGAGAAACCCAGCCGGAAAGAUUUUUCGCUGGUCGAGGUAGAGAAGGAAGAGGAGAGCCCUUUAUGGACAGAGACAGGCGACCUGAGGAGGUUCCAGGAAGAGAUGGCAAAGGUCCUGAGAAUUUUCCUGGUAGAGAUCCACCCAAAGGUGGCCCUGCGCAGACUUUCCCUCCAGUGAAUCCCGCGUUGAUCGGCCCAAUUGGCGAUAAGGAUGGUAAGCCCUGGUCAAGGGAACCCGAUAUUCAGUUAGACAGAAGUGCACAAAAUCUUGGUAGGCCUCCAUAUACUCAAGACAAGAGUCAAAUGCCACCGCAGGAGAACCGUUUCCCAAAUGAUCGCAUACCUUUCAAAGGAUCAAAAGAUAUUCCUCAGCCAUCCUUGGGUAGAGGGAUUUUGGGUCCUUGUCCAGAAGGUAUGCAAAGAAAUAGUGGAGCAGAUCGUAGAGACCAGGACUACAGAGACAUUGACUACAGAACUGGUUCUGGGCGAGCAUAUGACUACAACCUGUCAGAUCUUUCUGGACCUGAAAAGGAUAGAAAAGAACCUAGACUGGCUCCGCCGCAGAGACCCAGUAAUGCAGGGUCCCAGGAUCAAGACUACAGGAGUGCGUCUGUGAAGGAUAAAGUUUCCAACACUAUCUCCAUCUCUGGGAUCCCAAAGACUGCUACAAUGGAGCAGAUUCUUGGUGCUUUUGCUGUCCGUGAUGGGGUUCCGAUGCAAGGCAUGAAGAUCAAGAAUGUUGUCCCAGGUUACAGCUUCGAUAUGGCCUAUGUGGAGUUUUUAAACCUGGAGGAUGCUGUCCACUUCAUGGAGUCCAACCAGGGUUCGAUGAAGGUUGGUGCUACGACGGCUCUGAUGAAAUAUGUUCAGCCUGACCGAAGCGCCAAGGAAGCUAAGCUGCAGGAGCCUCCUCGUAAACCACCCCAGGUCCCUGAUGCGCCCACCCAACCCCGCCCCUCCCCUCAACCCAAGGUCACCCCCAAACAGGACGAGACACGGCCCAAGCCUCCUCCUGUUGACCCUGCCUCCAAGACUGCAUGGCAGCGCAACUCUGACCUGACACCCGAGGCCUGGCAGCAGCAGGUGGAUCAGCAGCUCCAGCAGCAGGAGGCCGAGCAGCAGGCCGAGGCCUGGGCCAGUAGGAACGCCUCCCGACACCCCCCUCGGGACUUGGACCCCGUCUUUAAGGAGAGCAAGACAAUGAUCAUUAAAAAUCUGAAGAACACCACCACUGUUGAGAUGAUUCUGAAGGCACUGGAUCCCUAUGCCUACCUGGAUGAGAGGAACGUCCGAUUGGUCCGUGGCAAACCGCCCGGAUGCAAAUGCUUCUGCUUUGUAGACAUGGACUCUCAUGAGCAAGUCACACGUCUUGUGGAUAUGCUUACCAGGCCGCGCCCCCUGAUGUUGGAUGGCGUGAGAAUAUAUGCAGAGGUUGCCAAACCGCUCAAGAACCAGAACAGCUACAAGAGGGAUUAUGACAAAUCCGGCUCCUCUAUCCUGGGCUAUCCUCCGGAAGUGUUGGAGCAACAACAGCAGAUGCAGCAGCAGCAGCAACAUCAGCAACAGCAGCAACAACAGCAGCAGCAGCAGCAGCAACAGCAACACUUCUAUCAGCCCCAACCUCUCCCUCUCCAUGUCCCUAUGGCUGCAGUGCCAGGAGGCCAAGGUGACAUGGUCUUGCCUGGCAGUCGAGACACUCCGCAGACGGCUGCCACUGCCAUGAUGCCGCAUGCAGUGGGCUACACUGAUGCCCCUGCACCAGAGCACCCCUACCAGGCCACUAACCCUGCCAGUGCCACUGCAGCCGGGCCGGUGGCACAGGGAACCCCCUCUCAGCACACAGGACCCCUACAGUUACGGCUCCGACACUCCAGAUCUUACUUCUACAAUGCGGAGACGCAGCAGUACCUCUACUGGGAGGGCGCUUCUAAGACCUACAUCCCGGUGACGGGCUCCACCACGGACGGCCAGGCCAGCAACCCAGUGCCCGCUCUGCCCGGAGAGAUUUCAAUCCCCUCAGCCUUGGCUUCCACCAGUGCCUCCGACGGCACCGCCAUGCCCCCCGCAGACGAGAACGGGAGGGCCAUGGACGCUGCAGACAAGAGGGACGACGGGGAGUCCGGCCUGCGCUCCGAGAAGAAGGAGAAGGAGAAAGAGGACAAGCCUCGAAGUCUGGCCGCCUUUAAGAUCAUGAAAGACAUGGAACGCUGGGCAAAGAUCCAGAACCGUCAGAAGGACAGUGUGCGAUCCCCCUCUCCAGUUCUGAAGACCCCUGGGGGUGCUGAUGACCACAGGACCUCCAAGGCGGCCGACGCGGCAUUUGCCAUCUUUGAAAGAAAGGUCGGUGGUGGAGAUGAUCUCUUCAAGAAGCCUCUAGCCCCACCCAAGAGAGAGGACAAAGGAUCCAAGCGGCCAAUGGGCUCGCUGGGCCUGCUAGCAGCUGACUACGGAGCAGGAAGUGACGAUGAGGAGGAGGAGAAGCACGAGCAGCCCAUGCCGUCCAGGAGCCCGCAGGAUGAGAAGGAGGACAAGCUGACCGACUGGAAGAAGAUGGCCUGUCUGCUGUGCAGGAGGCAGUUCCCCAGCAAGGAUGCCCUCAUCCGCCAUCAGCAGCUCUCUGACCUCCAUAAGCAAAACAUGGAGAUUCACUUGAAGAUCAAGAGGUCAAAGAAAGAGCUAGAGGCUCUGGAGAACCAGGAGAAAGAGGUGAGGAGCAUGUCUCUGAACUCAAAUGCCUUGAUCUCGCGAACGGAACCUCAAGCAGCUGGCUCUAAGUUGAAUACCAGAGCCUCACCAGAGAUGAAGAGGAGGAAAUACCAGCAUCCCCACCAGAACUCCUGGGCCGGCGGAUCCAGAGACUCCCACAAACUCAGUGAAAGGCCUGGCCUGGGCUCCGAGCCACAGGAGCCGAGGAAGAAGGAUUCUGCGGUGUGGGACCAUGCCACAUACAAGCAGGCGGUGCGCAAGGCCAUGUUUGCCCGCUUCAAGGAGCUGGACUGACCACUGAGUGCAGGAUGUUUGCCCCCUUCAAGGAGCUGGACUGACUGACUGACCACUGAGGGCAGGAGAGCGUUUGAAUGAGUCGGCCUGAAACACAGUAGUGUGUGUGGGUGCACAUUUACAAAAGGUUUUUUUUUUUUUUUAAACACGGUUAACCCCGAAGCUUGACUCUAUCCAAAUGCUCUGUGCUGGAUUGUGUACAGCAAAGACACUGGCUCCAGUGCUGUAUGUGUGUGUGUGCGUGCGUGCAUGUGUGAAUAGUUGUGUGUGUGUGUGGAGCGAGAGAGAGAGAGAUCCAGCUUUUGAAUCCCCCACCAUUGAAUCAAGCGUUCUUGUUAGUGCUCCUGCACCUUAGGUUGAAGUCUAUGUGAGAUUUUUUUUUAACAUUCUUUUUUUUUUUUUUAAUGUUUUCCUUUGAUUUAAUUUGAACUUUGUACUAUAUGUUCUUUAACCUGCUCUUUUUUUAAAUGUAAUGGUAUAUGUGGCAUAAAUUAGGUCUAUUGAGUGUACUCUUUGCUACUCAUGUGAAAUACAUUGAUUGUACAAAGCCAAUAAAUGUUGUCAAGAUA